AUUCUGUUUCUGUGGUUGGCACAAAUUCUAAGAGAAAACAUUAUUACACUACGUUUUAAUUUUAAUUAAUUAUUCAUAAGGGUCAUUGGUUAACCUACAGCUCAACCUUUUUAUACUUUUAGUAUAUAUAAAUCUUUGGCAUAAGAAAUCCAUAAAGUACAGUAAUUUCUUCAAGAGUCUUAAAAAGAUAAGACAUGGAGAUUGAGAUAUUGACUACUAUUGGGUCAAAAUCUCUUGGAAAGAUUACACUAAAUGAAGAUGCCACUGUAAAAAAUGUUAAGGAAAAAAUUUAUCAAAACUUGAAGAAGUCACUGUAUCCUGAAAGGCAAUCAAUCAAGCUAGAAGCUAAGGGGAAAUCAUUAAAAGAUGAAACAACUUUAAAAUCCAUAAAUGUUCAUGAUGGUGCUAAGCUAUUUGUCUCAGACCUUGGACCACAAGUGUCAUACAAAAAUGUAUUUUUAGCUGAGUAUGCCGGCCCACUAUUUGUUUACUUGUGGGUUUAUCAAAGACCAUGGAUCUUUUACGGAGAACAAUCUUCAUCACCUGGAACUGUCGCUAACAUAGCAGCAGUUUGUUGGUCUUUUCAUUAUGCUAAGCGGCUUCUAGAAACAUUGUUUGUGCACCGUUUCUCACAUGGUACAAUGCCACUUAGAAAUUUGUUCAAGAACUGUACAUAUUACUGGUUGUUUGCAUUAUACAUUGCAUACCACAUAAACCAUCCCCUCUAUACUGCUCCUUGCAGCACUUGUGUGUAUGUUGGUCUUGCAGGUUUCAUUUUGUGCGAGUUGGGUAACUUGAGCAUUCACCUGCUUUUGAAAAAUCUCCGUCCACCUGGCACCAAAGUGCGACGCAUACCUAUGCCUGAUGGCAACCCCUUCUCUCUACUUUUCAAUUAUGUCUCCUGUCCUAACUACACCUAUGAAUUUGGUUCAUGGGUCUUUUUCACAAUUUUAACUAAAUGUGCCCCAGUGGGUAUAUUUGCUGUUGUUGGAAUGUACCAGAUGACGGUUUGGGCUCUCAACAAACAUCGUAAUUACAAGAAGGAAUUCCCCGAUUACCCGAAAGGGCGUAAAGCGAUCUUGCCUUUCAUUCUUUAAACAGUUGCUGCUGAUGAAAAUGCUUGAUGUAGCGAAAGAAUGCAAUACAUGUAUGUUAAUAAUAGAACAACCAUUUUGACCUUAUUCAUUUGGUUAAAUGAAUGAAAUGCUUAUUCAAUGUUUUAAUAAAUUACGGCUUUAAAAUUCUAUAUAUUUAAGUAGUCUUGAUUAGGUGAAGGUUAUGAAUUAUUUAUUUGGUAUCCUAUAAUAUAUUGUCGGGAUGGAGUUUCCAUUAAGUUUGAUCUGCAUACGAAUGCACUUCUAGUUCUGUAAUUAGAAGUGUUUUGUUUUGUUGUUAUGUUAUCGACUAAUAUCUUAUAUGUAUAAUUACGCAUUUAUUAAAGUAAAAUAUUUUCU